AUGGUCUCAACCACACGUAGAUCACCGGCAAACGAUAUCGAUAUAGACGACACUCUUUCGACUACCUCUACCGACUCGUCAAACUCAAUCAUCGCCACCCCUUCUUCAGAUUCUUUGUCUCAAUCUACUCUUCGUCAACGACAUCCACAUACACCCUCAUCAUUAGAUCAACCGUCAGAAAGCGAAUCAUCCAAAACGCCCGCAUCACCCAAGAUAUCGAAAGCGCCCAGGAUGUUCUCCUCGCGCAAAUAUACACCUCUCCCUACUUCUUCUUCCCAUGGUUCGACAGCUCAUAGGAAACGAGCAGGAGGGAGUAUGGCCUCUUGGAAGAGGUAUGCACUGAUCGGUACGGCCGUGUUGGUACUUCUCGCAUUGGGUUAUAGUCAAUUUGGAUCAAGGGAUAAAAGUAUAGUAUGGGAUGAUGAGAAUACCUACACACCUGCGCUUGACGAUGAUAUAGUCUCAGGAGAUGGUGUAGAUUACUCUUCACCACCUUUCCGUCCCCUCGAUUCGGAUAUUGCCAAACCUCAAUCUGAACAUCAAGAUAACGACGACGAUGAUGCUGAAGAACCCACUUUCCACGCUUUACCUAUCGGUCACACUAAACCACCUGCAUCAGAUGAUGAAUUGGAUGAAGAUGUCGCUGAAGCAAUUGAUAAACCUUCUUCAUCACCUCAUGAUCCUAACACGUCCGAGGCUCAGGGUGCUUCACACGCCUCGGAAGAUUUCACCGAGAUCACCGAUUCCGAUGCCGAUGACGAGUCGACUGGUUUCCCAGCAUCUUUCGAGGAUGAUCCAAAUCCAUCUGGUACUACCGCUUGUACCAAGCCUCAUUCAGAUGAAAAACCUUUGGUCCAAUACGCUCUAACUAUCGAUGCUGGUUCGACUGGAUCCAGAAUACACGUAUAUAAAUUCAACAACUGUGGACCCUCUCCUCAACUUGAAUAUGAAACUUUCAAAAUGCUUAAUCCUGGAUUAUCAGCCUAUGCUAGAGAUCCCACUGCUGCCGCUGCGUCCUUGGAUCCAUUAUUGGAAGAAGCUCAUCGAGUGGUCCCUAAGGAAUUAUGGAAAUGUUCUCCUGUAGAGGUAAAAGCUACGGCGGGUUUGAGAUUAUUAGGUACCCAGGAAUCUAAUGCGAUAUUGGACGAAGUUAGAAAUAGGUUGGAAACGAAUUUCGAAUUUGUGGUCAACGGUGAGAAAUCGGUUGAAAUCAUGGAUGGGAAAGAUGAAGGUGUCUACGCGUGGAUUACGGCCAAUUACCUACUUGGUAAAAUUGGUGAAGGCGUUAGUCCAGAUGAAGAUACUCUCGCAGUGAUGGACUUGGGAGGAGCUUCCACGCAAAUCGUAUUCGAACCGAAAUUCCCAGCAGAUACAAAUCAAGCUUUAGUAGAAGGUGAACAUAAAUACCAACUUACUUUUGGUGGAAAAGAUUUCACACUCUACCAACAUUCUUAUCUUGGUUAUGGACUCAUGCGAGCGAGGAGGUCGGUACAUAAUCUUGUCGCGUUCACUUGGUCUUUCGGACAGGGUCAAGUACAUUGGGAUGAACUUGAUGAAGGAACGCAGGUACCCAAUCCUUGUUUGUCAAAGGGGAUGAGCAGAAGAGUCGAAUUGGACCCUCCGGGAAGACAACCUGUUAAUGUUACUAUGCACGGUGCGAAUGGUGGAUUCGAGGCUUGUAAUAGGGUUGUAGAGUUGGUUAUGGCCAAAGACGCCAUCUGCGAAGUCAAACCAUGUUCAUUCAACGGUGUCUACCAACCCUCUUUACUCGAUACUUUCCCCCGAGGUCAACUCCUGGCCCUUUCGUACUUUACCGAUCGAAUCAAACCUUUACUGUCCAGCUCCUUAUUGACUAUAUCCGAUCUGACCACCUUGGCUAAAGACGUCUGUGCGGGUCCAGAGACAUGGAAAAGCCGAUUCAGCAACAACCCAACUGCCAUGGCAGAACUGGAAGAUCGACCUGAAUACUGCCUCGAUCUGACGUUUAUGAACGCCCUUCUUGGUUUAGGAUACGAGCUUUCGCCUGAAAGACAAUUGAUGGUAGAGAAGAAGUUGAAGGGAGUAGAGUUGGGUUGGGCAUUGGGUGCGGGGUUGGCAUUGGUCGAAAACGCAAAAUUGACCUGUACGGCUUAG